AUGGGCUCUCUGACUCAGUCUUCGUCUUUCGAUGUCAACAAAGUCGCCAUCAUCGGUGCAGGUCCAACAGGGAUUGCUGCUGCGAAAUACCUCAUAGCGCAAGGCAUCCGUGAUAUCACCAUUUUUGAACAACAAGACCAUGUUGGUGGCAUUUGGCAUUACCACGGCUUCGCUGCUGGAACUUGUCCGGUUCCUCAGGAGGAUCCCCAUCAUCCUCCAGAUGAGCCUCUCAAGUGGGAUUCGACAUCACCACCAAUAUUCACAUCGCCAAUGUACGAAAUCCUUCACGCUAACAUCCCGAAGGAAGUCAUGAACUUUUCCGAUCAGCCUUUUCCCGAGGACGCCAAACUGUUCCCCGAGAGGCCCAUGAUUGAAGAUUAUCUGAUCAAAUAUUCCGAGGACGUUAAGCCUCUGAUACAAUUCUGUCAGCGUGUUGAAAGGGUGUCGUUGAAGCAACAAGAUGGUCGGGAUAAGUGGGAGGUGGAAGCAAAAUCCACCAUGACUGGUAACGACAGCACCACGCAAGCUUUCGAUGCCGUUGUUGUCGCAAACGGUCAUUACUCAACGCCUUAUUUGCCCGAUAUGCGGAACAUAAAAGAGUUUAACGAAGCGUACCCCGGAGUCAUCACCCACUCUAAACAGUAUCGAAUGCCCUGCACAUUCAAGGACCGCAAGGUAGUUGUGGUGGGCAACGGUCCAUCUGGUUUAGACAUUGCUCUUCAGAUCAAUCAAGAGUGCAGGAAACCCGCUUUUUUAUCUGUGAGGCAUCCUACACCUCCAGACCGACUGCAUCACUGUGGAUGCGAAGAAAUGGCUGAAAUCGACGAGUUCAUGGUUGAGCAGAAGGGUCUUCGUUUCAAAGAUGGCCGGGUCGAGACAGACAUUGAUGCCGUUAUCUUCUGUACUGGGUUCCUUUAUAGUUACCCGUUUCUCCAGGAUCUAGACCACAAACUCGUUACUACAGGUCGAGGCGUCCGCGGUUUGUAUCAACAUGUUUUUGAUAUCAGGCAUCCUACCCUCGUUUUCCCUGGUCUCAACAUGAAGGCUGCCCCAUGGCCACUGGCCGAGAGUCAGGCCGCUCUCUUCGCAGCGGUAUGGUCCAACAAUCUCGAGCUUCCGUCACGAGGAGUCAUGGAAGCUUGGAAUAUGGAACUAGAGAAGCGAGAAGGAGAGGCUUUGCACAUGUUUGGUCCUAAUGGGGACGGACUCUACAUCAAUGAGUUGCAUGAUUGGGUCAUGACAGCUAAGCGACCUGGAAAGGAGCCGCCUCACUGGGAUCGUGAGCUGAUGUGGCAGCGUAGCGUUUUCCUCGACGCCAAGGUAAAAUUCGAGCAACUGGGCUGCAAAGCACGAACCAUGAAGGAGGUUGGAUUUUGCUAUGAACCUGAUAACACCCAGACAAGUACCGCGUGA